CUAUAAAAGGGCCACAGGCGAGCACCGCAGAAACUCUCCUUCAUCUUCAUUGAUUCCAAUCUUGACUCUCGAAACGAUAGCAAGCAUGAGACUGCUUUCCUCAACCACGCUAUCUGCCCUGGCAGCCACAACCCUGGCCUCCGCGCCUUCGGUUACCAUCGACGCUGGCACUCUCAACGGUGGAAAGUGCAGUGCUGGGCAAGACGCAGUCUUCUACAAGGGAAUUCCCUUUGCAGAGCCUCCCGUCGGGGAGUUGCGAUUCGAGCCUCCCAAAGCCUACAGCGGAAACUAUCCCAAUGGAGUACACAAUGCAACGGCCUCUGCUCCGGCUUGUAUUCAGUUCAGCGGUUCGACUUCGCCGCCGGGAGCAAAAUCCGAAGACUGCCUUUACUUGGACGUCUGGGCUCCAUCCAGUGCGACCAAGGAUUCGAAGCUCCCUGUUAAAGUCUGGAUCUUUGGCGGAUCCGACACAGAAGGCGGCACUGGAUACUCCCUCUAUGACGGCUGCAACCUAGCGGAGACAGGCGCAGUCGUCGUGGCACUGAACUACAGGCUCGGCCCCCUCGGUUUCCUGGCGCUUGACAGUGCCGGGUUACAUGGCAACCAGGGGAUUCAGGAUCUCAUUCUGGGCUUCGAGUGGGUGCAGAGCAGCAUCUCUGCCUUUGGCGGCGACCCGGAGAAAGUGCUCGCUUUUGGACAAUCUGCUGGAGCUACAGAUCUCUACGCUAUUGCGAGUCUUCCUCAGGCGCCGUCUCUCUUCAAGAGCGCCAUAAUUGAAUCGAUUGCUCUACCCCAGUUGACUCUCAAAUCGGUUGCUCAGAAACUCGGUGCAUCCUUUGCGAAGACGCUUCAAUGCGGUCUUGACGACAAAUCGUGUCUACAAUCUGUAUCUUCCAGCGAUAUCCACAAGGCAUAUAGUUCCGACUCCUACCUGGGUUCAGGACUCGGAGGCUACAGCCCGGGCGUUGCUAAUAGCCAAACACCGAAAUACUGGCCGAUUGUAGACGGUAAUGUGAUCAAAGAGAAUCCUCUCACACGCGGAUCACAAGUCCCAACGGUCUUUGGAUAUAAUCAACAGGAAGGCACUCUGGACGCAAUCUCGGCGUACAACUCCCCAGAGGUGAUUGCAAGCCUCACGGCAGCAAACUACACAGCAUUCCUACAAGGAAACUUUGGCUCCGCCGCAGCGCGGAUGAUCCAGAAAUACUACCCUCUAUCUGCAUUCGAUUCCGCCGUUGCAGAGCUCGGGCUCACAGCCGGAUCCGGCGUGUUCGAGGCCAUUGCCCAGGUCCUCACCGACGCGCAUUUCAAAUGCCCAACAUAUCGCAGCGCCCUGAGUACCGCACGCAAUGGCAAUAGCGCAGUCUGGGCGUAUGAGUUCACGCACAAUAACACCUGUGCGUGGCUUGAUACGCUCGUCCCCAUCGCAGGCGACUUGUCCUUCCUCGGCGCCGCGCAUACGGCCGAGAUCCCGUUCGUGCUGGGAAAUCUGGAUUUCGACUACCGCGGAGAAGGACUGAACUACACGUGCAGCUCCUCGGCAGUAGAGCGGGCUCUUGGCACUGAGAUGAUCAGCCUGUGGACCGCGAUGGCAGAAGACGGCGACCCAUCCACGGAGGCGAUCCAGUGGCCGGGAUUCGAAAUCACAUCGUCCGGUGCGAACACCCCUGGGAUGAUCUUCGCGAACUCGAGCACGUCGGGCACGAUUGACUACUCGGUCUGCAAGUUGUGGGCACAGGUUAGUGCUAUGCUGGGUGGGAAUACCACGACAGCCGUACCAUCUCCUAGUAACAGUGUUCUACCGUCCAGCACGGUGUCGCCAACCAGCACUGUGCCGUUUGAUGGCGGAGCGGUUUCUGCUUCGGUUGGAGGGUCGAUCUUAGUGAGUGCGUUUGUGAUGGUUGCUGCUGCUCUUGCGUAAGAACAUAUAACCAGCUUGUAUAUAACUAGUAUGGAGGGGAUCUAUACUCGUGAAAAAGAUAUGAUUUGGUCAUUACUAGAUAACGAAGCCUAUUAGGCAUAACUUUGUACACUACAGGAACAUAUCAAGCUGCACACUAACUACUUCAUUAUGAUAUGAUACUUAGAUAAAAGACCUCAAUCUGAUAACUCCACUUUCAAACGCAG